AUGGUCAGCGCAAGACUCGAAUCCAAUGGAUUCGAAGAUAUUGGGCGGAAAUGGUUCCUAUAUAGAUAUGUGACUGCUGAAUAUGCUGAAAAGAACGCCAUCAAGCGACCAUGGGGAGAUAUUCUAUACAAAAAUCUUCAGCCCAAGUCCAAGUCCGAAGCCAUUACUCAAGGCUUCUAUCCUUGCAUGAACAAGAAAGCAUUUGGACUCGACUUCAACCCUGGUCCAUCUGCUCCAAGGGCUGAUGGCACCCGUGAUGCAAAUCCAAACGUCAUCGGCCCCUUCUAUAACCUCGAAGGCCUCAUCACUCACAUAGCAGUACAGGGGGCCGAUGUGGAUCACUCAGCUGAUGACGCAGAUUCUGAUGAAGCGCCAGCUCCACCUAAGCUGCAGAAUGUGCAAUCUGAAGAUCUUUCUCGUAUCUUCAAGAAGACAGAGAAAUCCAAGAAGAAUAAGAAGAAGCCCAUCAAGAGUUCUGCUCGAGAAGUAACCCCUGCUGCAGUUCUGCGCAAUGAGGAUGCCACAAUUGAUCUGUCCAGCGAUGAAGAUCUUGGAGAUGAUGCCCUUGAGCUGCUGAUCAAGAGUAGCAUUGAUGAUCUUCAGCUCCCGGUGGACAUAAGCGUCACAUUCCACGGAGCCAUUGCUAAUGAGCUGGCUCUGGCUCAGAAGAUCGUCGAGCUGAAGAACAAAAUUGAUUAUGAAAAGGCUCAAUUCAAGAAGAACAUGGCCAAGCUCAGUGUGGCUGAUGUUCAAAGCUUCAAGCGGAUACUGCAUGACCUCAAGGAAGAGUUUCACAAGAAGCGUGAAGAAGCAAAAGGUUCAAGAGAGCAGAUGAAAUACUUCGCAGGAAAAUGUGUUCAAGCACACAAUGAGGCCGAAAAGCGCAAGGCUCUUGGGCGUCCAGGCUCGAAGCCCAAGGUCCCCUCAGCAGCUUCAGAACUAAAGAAGAUGAGGACAGAUGAGGCCGAAGCCAAGAAGCGCAAGCACAAGAAUGCCUCUAAUGGUGCUCCAUCAACAAAGAAGCCGAAGACAAAGUCUUCGCGGAAAGAACGUGCUGCUACCACAGAGCCACUUGUUGUCGAGCCCAUCUCAGUUGCUCGUCCUGCCUCCACCAACCAAGAGCGUCAACUUGUACUUCAUGAGCCUGCUUCCACAGAGGCUCCUGAAGAUGAAGAAAUUCCAACUGUCGACCCCAUCAUAGCUGAAGACAUUGGUCAUAGCGACAAUGUAGUAGAUGAUGAAGUCCUUCCUCAGAUCGAGCACCAACUGGUAUCAUCGCAUGUUCUUACGAACAGCAAACUCAUCAGCAUUGGUCAUCCUUUGACGCCAAUCACUCAGGAUGAUUCGUGGUCUGAUCGCCCUCAACAAGACACCCCCAUUGACGAUGAGACACCCAGAACUCCACCACCUCAAGCCACCACUCCGGUGCUUGACGAUGACAAUUACAUGGUGCAAACCACUCCAUCACCAUAG